AUGAGCUUCCGGGGCUUCCAGAAAAGCGUCAUUCGGGCGCCCCAGCAAUUCAAGUCGCGCUUCAAUAUCGGCGAGCACACAAAGGAUGCCGUCUACAUCGAUUCCGAGCGCAGAUUUCAAGAGCUGGAAACCGAGACGAAGCGAUUGCACGAUGAGUCCAAGAAAUACUUCGACGCCAUCAACGGCAUGCUCAGCCAUCAGAUCGAAUUCAGCAAGGCCAUGACCGAAAUCUACAAACCCAUUUCCGGUCGCAUGUCGGAUCCCGACAGUUUGGAGGUUCGCGGCAACCCCGAGGGUAUCCGUGCCUGCGAAGAGUACGAGGCUGUCGUCAAGGAUUUGCAGGAGACUCUUGCGCCAGAGUUGGAGAUGAUAGAAAGUAGGGUUAUUCGCCCAGCCAACGAACUCCUCGAUGUCGUCAAGGUCAUUCGCAAGUCAGCAGCGAAGCGCGAACACAAGAAGCUCGAUUACGACCGACACAGACAAACCUUGAAGAAGCUGCAGGACAAGAAGGAUCGGAAUGCCAAGGAUGAAAAGGCUCUGUGGAAAGCGGAGAACGACGUGGAGCAGGCGACUCAGGAGUUCAACUACUUCAACGAUCUUCUCAAGGAGGAACUGCCGCGCCUGUUUGCGCUCGAGCAACAAUUCAUCCAACCUCUCUUCCAGUCCUUCUACUACAUGCAACUCAACAUCUUCUAUACGUUGCACGAGAAGAUGCAACACUGCGACAUCGGCUACUUCGACCUAACGCUCGACGUACUUGAGGCAUUCCACAAGAAGCGAGGUGAUAUUCAAGAGCAGGCGGAGAAACUAUCCAUUGUGAAGUUCAAGACGACUGGUCAGAGACGUCCGGUAAAAUACGGCGGCCGUCCCGCAAUCGAGGGCAAGCCUCAACACCUGCUUACCGCUGGACCUUCUUCCUCCUCAGCUGCCUCCACAACCUCAGCAGCGCCCACAAAGUACGGUGGCUACACCAAGCAAGGAGAAACCGCCGACGCGAACCCGCCCCCUCCAUACUCUCCUCCGCCCACGAACGGAACUUCUGGCGGAGGACUCGCCGCUAUUGCCGCAGCAAAGUCAAAGCCUCCUCCGCCCAAGCCCAAACCCAGCCGACUCAGCGGAGCGCCCGCGGCCGAACAUGUCACCGCCUUGUACGACUACGCUGCACAAGCUGAGGGCGACCUGAGCUUCAGGACGGGCGAUGUCAUCGAGAUCAUCAGCAGAACAAAGAACGAGAAUGAGUGGUGGCAAGGUAGAUUGAACGGAAAGACUGGGCAAUUCCCAGGGAAUUACGUGAAACUGAAUUGA